AUGAACUCCCUCAACAUCAUCUCGGCCCGAGUCUCCCCUCCGCCGAGCCCAGGACCGACAAGAUCAAACUCGCUUAACGCUCUAGGACUGGCAGUCAGCUCCGAAGCCGACGGGCCACGGCAGAACCAGACCGAGAGCGCGCUACGCAAUAUUAAUGAGAAGGAUGGAUUGAUGGCCGAGCCCGACGACUUCCGUUUAGAAAACCCACCAACUGACGACCGGCGCCACGAAUACGCGAUCGACGAAACGGCCCCCCUAAUAUCCCAAGCAAAAGACUCUAAGCCUCAAGGCUGGUUGUGGGUGCUUUACCCAAAGCGUGUUACAAACGCCUUUGUGGACUCUGUACGGUGGAUCCUGUCGACGUUGGCUACGCCCGGCGUCUAUUUGUACGCCUGCUUUUGCGACGAGAACGGCCACUUCGCGCCGCUGCAGCAGCUCGGGCGGCUGUUCGGCCUCUACGGGGGUGAUGCGAAGAGGAUGGCAUUGGAUUAUCACGAAGGGAUAGCUGCGUCCGAGAAGCGCAGACAGGGUACAGACGGGUCCGCAGGCGGGAGUGGGCGGAGGAAUAGUAGAACAUUACGUGUCGUCGGGUCGAACGCUUCUUCGUCGUCCGGCCUCUCGUCGGAAUCGGAGUCGGACCCGGACCGUAAGAGGCAGGGCACCCGUCGAGGCUCAAGUGGAAGACACUUGCGCUCGAAAUCACUACCGGAUUCCGACGAGGUUGCGCCGGCACAGCGCUCCAUAAGAAUCAAACUCCACUCUGACGAAGCCCUGCGGCAGAGGAAGCACCGGAAAUCGCAGUCGACCAGCGCUCGCGGAAGCGGCGGGUCCGGCGACGCCAUGGACAGCAUCUCGGCCCAGCUAAAGUCCCCAACCUCUCCCGCCGGCGCUCUGACCAAGUACCCCAAGACGCCGGCGCCUCCACGGCCACUAAUCCCACGCCGACAACCCUCGUAUAUCAACAAGAACGUAGAAAUGACCGACGUCAGACACCAAAAGACAUUGAUCCUCGAUCUCGAUGAGACACUGAUCCACAGCAUGUCCAAGGGCGGGCGGAUGAGCUCGGGGCACAUGGUGGAGGUGCGCCUCAACACCACCUACCAGAGCGCGGGAGGGCAGGCGGCCGUCGGCCCCCAGCACCCGAUCUUGUACUACGUGCACAAGCGGCCGCACUGCGACGAGUUUCUGCGACGCGUCAGCAAGUGGUUCAACCUGGUCGUCUUCACGGCGUCGGUGCAGGAGUACGCCGACCCGGUCAUCGACUGGCUCGAGGCCGAACGCAAGUACUUCUCGGCCCGCUACUACCGCCAACACUGCACCUUCCGCCACGGCGCCUUCAUCAAGGACCUUAGCUCGGUCGAGCCCGACCUGAGUAAGGUUAUGAUCCUGGAUAACAGCCCGUUGAGUUACAUGUUCCACCAAGACAACGCAAUCCCGAUACAGGGCUGGAUCAGCGACCCCACAGAUAGCGACCUGUCGAACUUGAUACCCUUUCUCGAGGGGCUGCACCGAGCCGGAAUCGAACGUGUUUAUGGUGGUAUUCUUGAUCUCGAACCUCCAGUAACCGCGUUGCGGAUGUGGCGUUGGCUGAGCUUGGGAUAA